AUGGGGAUUUCCCAAAGCCCAUGGCGAGGUCACCCUGGAAGUGAAAACCGACUCUCGCAGCAGCAUGUGGUACCGAUGGGAUUCACCCCGGAAGCGCGGCACACGUCGCCACCAAAUACAGAUGCCAGCAAACCAGCCAUCGCCUUACGUGCCAUCCCUUCAGUGAAACAGGGAGCGCCGCCAGACGUGAAGGAGCGGACAGCCACUCACAUGGAUAUCUCAGGAGGCGACCUCUGGGUUGGCAGAGGUUCCGUUGCCUUUCCAGUUCAGUCCGAAUGGAACCCUUAUCCAAAGAUGCCUGUUGUGAAAGUGGGCAACGCGUUCUACUGGGACAGUGCUGAUGCGAAUUUGGUAUUGAAUGAUGUCUCUAAGUUGUAA